ACCGGCACCGGCGCUUCGCCACUUGUCCCGAGUUCCAGCUCGUCACCAUGUCGGAGACCGCUCCCGCUGCGCCCGCCGCUGCUCCCCCUGCGGAGAAGACCCCCGUGAAGAAGAAGGCGGCCAAGAAGCCCGCGGGGGUUCGCCGCAAGGCGUCCGGGCCCCCGGUGUCCGAGCUCAUCACCAAGGCCGUGGCCGCCUCCAAGGAGCGCAGCGGCGUGUCGCUGGCCGCGCUCAAGAAGGCGCUGGCGGCCGCCGGCUACGACGUGGACAAGAACAACAGCCGCAUCAAGCUGGGCCUCAGGACCCUGGUGAGCAAGGGCACCCUGGUGCAGACCAAGGGCACCGGCGCCUCGGGCUCCUUCAAGCUCAACAAGAAGGCGGCCUCUGGGGAGGCCAAACCCAAGCCCAAGAAGGCGGGCGCCGCCAAGCCCAGGAAAGCCGCCGGGGCGGCCAAGAAGCCCAAGAAGGCUGCGGGGGCGGCCACCCCCAAGAAGAGCGCCAAGAAGACCCCGAAGAAGGCGAAGAAGCCCGCGGCGGCUGCAGGGGCCAAAAAGGCCAAGAGCCCGAAGAAAGCGAAGGUGGCCAAGCCCAAGAAGGCGGCCAAGAGCCCGGCCAAGGCUGUGAAGCCCAAGGCCGCCAAGCCGAAGGUCGCCAAGCCGAAGAAGGCUGCUCCCAAAAAGAAGUAGAACGCCUGCUUCUAAAAACCCAAAAAGGCUCUUUUCAGAGCCACCACUGAUCUCCACGAAAGAGCUGUGCAGUCCUGUCUCCGUACCCUGUCCGGUUCUCCUUCUCAAACUUUUUUGUUUUAAGGCGGUGUUUUCCGAGAGUCACUGGAGCUGGCUGCUGACACGUCCCAGGAACGGUGGUGGCCGUUGGGGAGGGGGCUGCUGUGGUGACAACCCGGGACGUCCCUGCGGCCUGUCGUCCUCGGCCCCGGGGGCUCCGGGUCAGGUGGGCGGAGCGUCCUGGCCGGCCCCACCCCGCGCCUGGCAACAGGAAAACAACCACAAGAAGCCACCAGCCCUUUUUUUAGUUAAAAGGAUGUCGCGAUUAGGCUGAAGUCAUUCAAAAGUCCCGCCUGCUCGCGGGUUGGCGCACUCCACCAGCCCGUGAUUUAUCAUCAUGGAUUUAAUUGGACAGCGCACGGUUUGUUUUGUUUCUUUCUUUUGGGGGUUGAAUGUUUUGGCUUUUUCAUGUGACGUAGAAGUAUAUAUCUGGUCUUCUGGACGCUACCAUGUUUUCGAAAGUCUGCUGUGUCCCGGGUGCGUCGGUGGCAUCCAGCCCUGGGAGGAGUGGUCUCACGGGCCUUUGCACCAUCUCUAUUUCCUGUUUCCCUGGCGACAGAGGAGCGCGCUUGAAAAACGACUGCCACCCAGGGCUCGGACGCACCGGGAUUUUUCUGUCCCUCAUACUGUGUAACUUUGGCCAAGGCUGUGAUGCGUCUGAGCGCAUCAAAAACAACUUUCCGUCGCCAUUUUGCCCUGGUAAGCCAGUCCCCGGCCCUCACUUUAAAUAGACGUCUACAAAUCGAAGAUGCUUUAAAAGCACUUUUUGUGCGGUCCAAAUGUUUCUACGUAAAGAAUAAGAAAAAUAUUGGUAAACUGGGAUCUAUGUGUGUGGGUGGGGGGUGAUGUCGCUAAUAAAGGGAUUUAAGUUUCCA